GGCGACGAGAAACGGUGAGCCCGAGGGGCGCAGGCACAGAACUGUCCAGCUCUGAGCACUGGGGUCCGCCAGCCGGCGGGGAAGGCAGCUGAGCGCGGAGGCGAGUGAGCGGACGCGUCCUGGGGUCUUUGCAGUCCCCGCCGGCCCCAAGGCACCGACUCUCGGUCAGUUGCGCGCGGCAGGGCGGGAGGGGCGCGCCAUGGAGGCGCCGGGUCGCGCCAGUAUGCUCCAGGCCAAGUGAAGCGGUCCGGCUGGGGUCGGCGGGACCCGCGGGCCAUGUACGGCGACAUAUUCAACGCCACGGGCGGCCCCGAGGCGGCAGUAGGCAGCGCGCUGGCCCCAGGAGCCACGGUCAAGGCAGAAGGCGCUUUGCCGCUGGAGCUGGCCACUGCACGCGGUAUGCGGGACGGCGCGGCCACAAAGCCCGACCUGCCCACCUACCUGCUGCUCUUCUUCCUGCUGCUGCUCUCAGUGGCGCUCGUCGUCCUCUUCAUCGGUUGCCAGCUGCGCCAUUCGGCCUUUGCCGCGCUGCCCCACGACCGCUCGCUGCGCGACGCCCGCGCGCCCUGGAAGACGCGGCCGGUGUAGCGUAGGGGACUGAGCCACGGCCGCCGGGCGCCCCGUCCCGACCUAGCCAAGAGCAGCCAGCUUGAGCCUGGUAGGGAGGGCAUGAAGCCGGGGAUCGCUGGUCCCUGGGAACACUGCGCCCUGACCCAAAGACCCUUCCUGAACUAGAGUGGCAACCCGAGAGGAAAGGGAAACCGAGAAGUCGGGAACCUGUGUAGGGUCUCGAUACCACUACCUGUAGGUACCGUGAUUCUGAUCCCCUGGCCAAAUCUUUCUUCCUCUGACCCGACAGAGGGUCCAGUCGGGAAACCAUCCCCAAAGACGGCGGUCGAGUCGGGAAACCUUCCUGAAAGACAGCGGUCCAGUCGGGAAACCUUCCUGAAAGACGGCGCGUCAGCCCGGGCGCAGGAGGCUUGCUGGCCGCCUGCUGAUUUCCUUACUUUGCACACGGAAGGGGCAGGAACCGCGAGCAUGCACCUAGCCUGGAGCUACCUGUCUGGACUCGCAGGCCCUGUGGCUGUUUCCCCACAGCUGCUACGGCCUCUCUUGCUCCUUGACACCGAGGAGGACCCCACUAGUAUCCGAGCGUCGUGAACUCACCUGAACUUUGGAAGGUUGGCACUCGGGAGCCGCAUCCCCCUGGGAAAUGACUGAACGCGGGGUUUCAGUGGGUCCCGCCUGGGUUUAAGGACCCAGUUCCUUCUGUGGGCACGGGCAGUGGGAGGCCGAUGGAAAGGCGCAAGGGCCCACCUACGCGUCUCACAUCUUCACGGGCCGCAUUUCUACAAUAAAAACUCACCCAAUUAGACCUA